AUGGUGCAGGUGGGCAUCUCAACAGUUGUGGCACUAGUGCCGCUGCUCUGGAAGCAGUCGUACUUGUCGAUGGUAUUCCUGAAGACCGUCACGACAGUUGUUUCACUGGGCAUGUUCCAUGGGCUGGUUGUUCUUCCGGCCCUACUCACCGCUAUUAACUCCUACAUACAUGGUUAG